AUUCAACGCCAGGUCCGUGCAUCAUAUCGUCAAGAAUCUCUCGGAGCAUCGCGAACGGUCGGCAGUUCUUUCCCCACGGUACGCUACUGCCCCGGAUUCCGUGUCUCUCUCAGAGUAUGGAGUUUCUUCGACCUAGGCUCGCGACAUUGAGGCUCCCAGUGGCCCGGAAAGCCCCCCGCCCGCUCUACCAAUGUCUUCACACUUCUUCCUCACGAUGUGCGCAACCGCUUGGAACCCCCGCCGUACCAGGCCCGCCGCCCAAAGCUCCCACAUCAGAGGCCUUUGAGCGAGUCGCGCGGAAGAGGAGACAGGCGGAGCUAUUGCAGCAGGCACGGGAGCUGAGGGCGUCGCCAGCGCGGCCCAAGACUGCCCUGCAGAAGCGCUUCUGGCGCGAUGUGUCGGUGCACGAGUCGGAUGACGGCCUACAGAUCUUUCUCGACAAGCGCCCCGUCCGCACUCCCUCGAAGCAGAUCCUCACGAUCCCUCGAUCCAAGAGCCAGCUGGCCACAGCCAUUGCCCUCGAAUGGGACCUGCUAGUGAGUGCACAGCAGGCGCUCAAGUCAGAAUACAUCCCCAUGACCUCUCUCGCCGCACGCGCCAUUGAUAUCGCAAAGGCCGACGCUGAAGGAAACACAAAGAUCCGGGACGACAUCAUCAACAUGCUCAUGCGCUACCUGGCCACCGACACGCUGCUCUGCUGGGCCCCGGAGAAGAACAUACACGACGCCGCAGGCGACAGCGCCUCGUUACGGAACCUGCAGAUGAAGCUCGCCACUCCCAUCAUCGCCUACCUGACGUCCAAGGUCUGGCCCGGUGUAGAGAUUGUUCCCAUUCUGGAGCCGGAUAGUAUCCUCCCCAUACCCCAGCCGGAGAUGACGAGAAACGUGGUGCGCGGCUGGCUUACCGGUAUUCCUGCCUUUGAGCUCGCCGGUUUGGAACGAGCUGUUCUCGGUUCCAAGAGUCUCUGUAUCGGUGUCCGUCUCAUCCACGAGUGGGGCGAGGCUUUUGCGACAGCACGCGAGCCCUCCGAGGGAGCCCGUUUCGGCAUCGAGGAGGCGGCAGAGGCUUCCAGCGCCGAGGUUACGUGGCAGACGCAGCACUGGGGAGAAGUCGAGGACACGCACGACGUGGAAAAGGAGGACUUGCGCAGACAGUUGGGCGGCGUGAUAUUGCUUGUAGGCGGUGACUCGUCAUGAGCUGGCAAAGACGUUGGAACUCUUAGAGGAGGCGCUUCUUAGUGGCUCUUGCACAAAAAGGGACAUGGAUAACCCAUACUGUAAGCAUAGAAGCAGGCUGGGCCAAGAUAGUUGGAGUAGCUGCCCAGGUGCCAUCUGACGCGGCGUCAGCAGUUAAAUCUACAGCGUACCGU